ACCGUGCGCCGUCACAACCGUAUCUCGUAGCGUCGAAACGUCCCCAGGACUUGUCACAAGGUUCCAUCAUGAAGGUUGCUAUCUGCUUGUUUGCCGUCAUUGCCCUGGCCCUGGCUGCCCCGCAGCGUGACGGUGGAGCACUCACGGACGAAGCUAUCCGACAGGCACAAUCCCAGCAGCUGAUCCCGCAGGACGCCCAGAUCCAAGGUGUCCAGCAGGGCAUCCAGGUGGCCGCCCUCGAAUCCAUCCCCGGCAGCCAGCGUGUCGAUCUGUUCCAGCUGCUCGGAGAUCAGGUCCCGCGUGAGGUCAUCACCAACCUGCAGUCUCAGGUUGAUCAGGUUGGCCAGAUCUAAGCAGCAACUGUGGAUCGUGGAGUCGAUCGGAGCCAUUCUUCAACAUCUCCCUCAGAAGCCUAUCACUACUGCAGAUUAGAAGCACUACAAUCUCUUCAGAUCCGGUUUCCGAUUCCGCGUUCCGGUCGCGGCGCUUGCUUCUUUAUGGACAGCUCUUCCGUUCCAGAGAGAGAAGGUCUAAACAACGGCUGGAAGAGGGACCGAUCGGUGGUUCUUUUCGGUAGACUAACAUGACGACCUCUAGAGGACGACUUGCCGAGUGCUGGCUAUUCUUCCACGAAGGUGCCAACUGACAUUUCUUAUGUAUAAGCUCUUUUCGUACAUUUGUGCUACGGAAAGGUGUGCGUGUGCGUGUUUGUUUGUUUUUUUUUUACUAUGUUACAAAUGUUGACUUUUUACACUUAAUUAGAAACACACAGAGAGAUAGAGCGAU